AUGUCUCAGAAGGUCACCUCCAAGAACCUGUCCUACAACUCGUCCCUGCCCCCAUUCCUCGCCGCCCUCCGCGCCCAGGCCGGCGGUGGCGGCGGCGGCGGGCCGGGACCGGACCCCAUCCUCGCGAACCAGCGGCGCUCCGCCAAGAAGCGCUCGAGCAGCGAGGAGGCCGAGGACGCGCCCCUCAUCGUCGACGAGCAUGGCAACGCCAUGAACGUCGUGGUGGGCAAGGACGGCGAGGUCAGGGAGCGUGAUGCGGCGGACCCCGCUGCCGACGAUGACAAUGACGACGGGGACGCUUGCAACGACGGCGCAUCCAAGGGCGCCGACUCCGAGCGCGCGGCUGGCAAGGCCGGAAAGCAGGACGGGGACGCCAAGUUUGCGUUUGGCGGACGGAAGCGCAAGGUGGGCAAGGUGGUUGGCGACAGCAAGGCCGACGACGAGGAUGAGCCGCCGGUCAAAGAUACGCGGCGGGCGGAUAGCAAGGACGGCAGAGAGCCCGAGAGGACGGCUGAGAAGAAGGCCAAGAAGAAGGUCAAGAAGAUCAAGCUUAGCUUCGACGAGGACGAAGGAUGA